AUGGGUAUUCUUGACAAAAUUGCCGAAGUAGAGCAAGAGAUUGCUCGCACUCAAAAAAAUAAAGCUACCGAAUACCAUUUGGGCCUUCUAAAGGCUAAACUUGCCAAAUAUCGAGCUGAGCUGCUAAAACCCUCCGAGAAGUCUGCUAAGGGGGAAGGUUUUGAUGUGAUGAAGUCCGGUGAUGCUCGAGUGGCUCUGAUAGGCUUUCCCUCCGUUGGCAAGUCUACUCUUCUGAAUGCUCUGACUUCAGCAAAGAGCGAGUGCGCUUCCUAUGAAUUCACAACACUCACUUGCGUUCCGGGUGUAAUAGAGGUUAGUUACUGGGAAACUGAAGAAUUAACUCAUUCUGUUUAG